AUGCCCUGUCGCCGUUGCGGCAGGCUGACCGCCACCGCCAAGGGAAAGCUGGACGAGGCAAGCAGCCAGCCACUACCGGUGUUUGCUGCGCAGGACGAUGUGGAGGAGCGGCGCUGGGUGCGGGCCCUCAUCCUCGCCUACCUGGCCUCCCUCAACCGAAGCCUGUUUGCAGCCAAGUGCCUCGUGGAGGUGGUGGUGGAGAUGUACCGGGAAGGGGUGACGCUGGAUGAUGCCAAGGUCAUGCUGUCGCUGGCCAGCCUGCAGCAUGGCGGGCAGCUGCUGAAACCAAUGGAUGAGGACAUUCUGCUGAGCUGGGUGGCUGUCAUCAUGAUAGCCCUGCAGGCGGUGGGGGUGCCGCUCAACCCUGAGGGCGAGGAGCGCAUGAAGCAGCAAGGCCGGCAAAACCCGGCAGAUGAUGAGGGCGGCAUGAUUGCUGGGCUGCGGGGCAUGGUGCGUGUGUCGGUAGACCAGUUCCUUGCAGGAACAGACCUGUUCCGCCUGCAGCUGCAGCAGAGCAUGGCAGCCAAGAUGGAGGGAGACGGGGGAGGUCCGUCUCCCGGCGUGUUCAUGCUGCAGCAGAACACGCGGCUAGCUAUCAUCGCGCUGGAGGUCGUGCGGGGCAUGGGGCUGCCAACAGUAGUAUCCCUGCGGCAGGCGCCGUCGCCCUCCUCUCCGCUGCAGGAGGGCGAGGAGCCAGCGGAAUCGCAGCCGGCAGCACAGAGCAGCAGCAUUGAGCAGCAGCAGCAGCAGCAGCAGCAGCAGCAGCACGUGCCAUGCCAGCAUUGGGUCCCCGGUUUUGUGCUGGCGUGCGAUUCAGCGGCUAUGAGUAGAUGCACCGAGGCGGAGCAGCAGCGGGCCUCGGCGGUACGGCUCCUGAUCAGCUUCAUGGGAGCUUCCCAGGGCUGGCUGUACCCGGCAUGGGAUUUUGUCUCACAGUGCAUGGAGUGCUAUGAGCGCGGCUGGGCAGCCGAAGAUGUGUACGACCACCUGCAGGAUGAGGAGUUUGCUCAGAGCGGCGGCCUGGUCAUCAACGUGGCCCGCGUGCCGGGCAGCUUCAACGUCACAGCCGCCAUGUUUGGCCGCUGGCUGAGUGUGGUCUACAUGACGAUGGUGCAGCUGGGAGUUGUAUUUGCAGGUGCCACCAGGCAGGAUGGGUGGGCCUGGGUGUCGGGCGCCGCCCAGAUGCAUGCCGACGAGGAGGCUGGCAGCACUCUUGAAGCCUACGGCCUGGCCGACUUUGUGCUGCACACCUUGAACAACGAGGAGCAGAAGGAGAAGGCGGGCAGGCCGGGCAGCAGCGGCGCGGCCGGCGGAGAGGAGGCGGAGCAGGCUGUUGUGGAGGGAGUGCUGGCUCGCGAGACCCCGGAGCAGCUGCGGAAGCAGGCUCGGAUGGGGUUUGUGACCCUGGAGGACCCAGAGCUGCUGCCCACCUCGCCCUCUGUGCUUAUCAUGAGCCAGCAGAUAUCCUUGGUGCAGAUGGCGCGGCAGCUGGUGCUUCAGGAGCGCACCCUGGCGCCGUCGUCAACGGCGUGA